AUGUCCUCCAACAUCAUAUACGACACGCGUUUGCCGGUUCGGCCAGGUGCUGUCGUUACGCAGUCUCAAACACGUACGCGUACCGACAGUGGACAAGUGGUACCGCGCACCAGCCGUGCGGUCGGAUGGCUGUUGGACCCGUACGCCAUCAGCAUGCCCGCGUGGACUUCCGAGGACAUGCAGCGACGAGUCCGACGCUUUCUCGAGUUCACCCAUAACGAGCUAGCCAUAUACUCCGUAUCUCAGAUACCACGCGCAUCUACUUGGGGAACACCGCCGAACGCUCACGUCCUCUGCCAGCCGGUUACGAUGCGCCCGAUCAAGAUUUGGGUCGUCGGGACUGUCGCGGAUAUGUCGUGCAGCAUAUCUGGUCGAGCACCCUCGGCGGAGACGAUCCUGAGGAUCAGUUUCUUGCGUGCUAUCGAUAGCUCCUUCAUGGUUAAGCUAAUACAGAUGGGGAGGCCUAGACCUUGGUUUGAUAGUGGCGUCUUCGAAGCAUCGCGCAACGAGACGAGCGGGUUGCACGAGCCGUGCUUCUUCAAAGACGUCUACGACGCGACCGAGAGCUUCGGCUCAAAGCAGGGCAUGCGCCAGAUAGGACUGUCUGGUCUAGCCAUCGGGGAUGUUGUGUUAGCGGAGAGCUAUUGCGUGCGCAUGCCCAGGAACGAAAGGGCGGUACCCCGUAUCGGAGACAAUUGCAGCUCGAGUGUUACGAUUUCGUUAAACCCUCUCCUCGGCUCUUUCGACUCGGACUCGGACAUCAUGAUCACUACAACUAGAAAAAUAACGGGCGCAUACUGCGUCAGCGGCAGCCGGCCCCGCGCUGUCUUCGUCACCCUACAACACUUCAACUUCGAUGAAGGCUUCGAAGUGCCGCUUCUUGACGGCAUAAUGCGCGGAUCUCAACUCGUUCACCGGCAUCUCAUGAAACUGUCCUCGUCCGCGGCCACCUACAUCGUCUUUGUGUGCACCAAGACGCUGGAUCGACGGGGGCGCUUACAACGACGCCAUGACCGGAACGUUCCCUGGGAAGGGGAUAUGCUCGUAUUACGCCGCGCGAUGUUCAAACAGGGUUAUGUGAACCUGACGAAGCAUGACAAGCGGCUCGUUCCGUAUAUCGUCUCCCACAUCCUCAACCAGAUCCGCCGCAGCAACAAAGUUGGGUACCGCUCACGCCUUACCUCGUUACAGCGCCACUUACUCGUCAACGUCGUCGUGAAAGUUUCCGACACCGAUUCUGUAUCCUCCGUGUUUACCUGGCACCAAGUGAAGUCGUCUGUCGCUCGACUGCCGUACUUGCAGCACGUAGUCAUCGACGCGCCGCGGCGUCAAAACAUGGAGUUCUAUGGGCCGAGCGAUCCGUUUGAUCGUCCGAUGUUCCUUUUCGUAUCUCAUCGCACCCUCAGCGGGGCACCGGGCAGUAUUGUCGUCGACGCCGACAUCCAGCAAGUCUUUACGCGAAACCGCCGCACCACCGAACCCCUUCAACUUAUCCUCCCCCCGGAGUCUUCUCAAGCGAACAACGAAGACCAGGAUCGCCCUCCCUCUACCCAUGGCCAGUCCCAGCUCGUGCACCUGUCCAACUAG